UGCUGAUAAGGAACAUAUUCAUCUGUUUCCACCAUAAACAAUCCAGGAUUCAUCCAUUGCUAUCUCUGGAUUACAUUGACGAUGACGACACCAAGUGUACCAAUAAAUGCAUCUUUUCCUAAUAUGUCCGCUACCAACACCACUUCCUCUUCUGUCUCUAAACCUGAUGGCUUGGGGAUGUCUUUAUUCACCAUGCUAUUUGGAGCCAUCUCCAACCUCACUGCUCUGGGAAUACUGGCUCGGUCCCGUGGCCGAUUCAACCGCCAAUCAAAAAAAUCAUUUCUGCUACUAACAGUGGCUUUACUUGUGGCUGACCUGUUGGGUCAUGUGAUUUUAGGUGCAUUUGCACUGCAUGUGCAUUUGAACCCGGGGGUUUUACAGACUGGAGAACCCUUCUGUAACAUCUUUGGAGCAAGUAUGGUGUUUUUUGGUUUGUGUCCUUUGUUUUUUGGUUUUGCAAUGGCAGUGGAACGCUGUGUGGCAAUCACGCAGCCAUUUUUUCAUGUUUCUAUGAUUACAGCUGCUCAUGCAAAGUUAGUGGUGCUAUUUUUGUCAACCUUUGCACUAGUGCUGGCUCUGUCACCUUUUUUUUCAACAGGAAGCUAUAUUCUCCAAUUUCCCAAAACAUGGUGUUUCUUGCAGAUUCAUGGGUCUGCUGACACAACCCUAGUUUUAGUCUUUUCUUCUCUGGGUCUCUUUGCUCUGUUUUUUUCCCUGUUCUGCAACAUUGUCAGUGGACUGGCACUGCUGCAUGCAAGAAUAAAGUCAAGAAAUGGAAAUACGACACCUUCCAGUAGCAGUGGACGUCGUGUAUCAACAGCAUCAUCUGCCUCCUUGUUUUGCACACUGGACGUGGAGAUGAUGGUGCAACUCGCAGCAGUCACUGUGGUGUCUUGUGUCUGCUGGGGCCCCUUUCUGAUCCACAUUUUCAUGAAGCAGUUUAAGAUGCAUACUAAACCAGAUCUGCUUGUUUUAAUUGGCUUGCGCAUGGCUGCCUGGAAUCAGAUUUUAGACCCCUGGGUUUAUAUCUUACUUCGAAGGAAAAUGCUGACAAGACUUUGCUGUGGUCGCAACUAUCAAGGCAUACCAACAUCCAGCAACUCCCUGUUAGAGAGCCGCAGAAAUACAAUUAAAUUUCAAUGACCCUCAUCCCCUGACCUCUUUCAUUUUGGACUGGCAUCUUAAGUUAUUUGCAUUGCUUUUCACCCUGAUUUAGUUUUUGUUUUGUUUUGCUUUAUUUUUUGUAAGUUAAUAUAUAAAUGUUAUUGUAUUUUUCAGCAUAGAUUAACAGUACAUAGAUUGCAUACCAAAGGCCUGCGCAGCGUGGAGUGAAUAAGUGAUGGAAGACAACCCAAGCAACAUUUCACAACAUUUUAGUUAGUAGUCUGGACCGGUGUUCUCAUGAUUUGUCCUACAUUCAGUAGCAGCCUCCUGCAAAUCUGGUGGUCGGGGCAGAUUUUGUCCAAUCAGAACAGAGAAAUGUUUGACGGUCUCCGGGUUUAGCCAAUCCGUGAGCUGUUGAACAAAACUCACACCCCCUAGUGGGCGGUGCUUAAAUGGCAGCAGCUCUCUCCAAUAUGGAGUACAGAAAAUAGCCUGAUUCACCCCACAUCUUAUACUUUUCUCUUGGCUCUUUAUUAUCUCAGGGUUUAUUAUUAUUUAUAGCUUAUUCGCAGAUGCCAGCCCGCUAUAAUCUCUUACCCGUAUUUUGAGCUGUAGCUUGAACUUAGCAAACUCCUCAGCACUUGACAGCUGCCGCGCUAACAACGAUAAACCGCUACAAACACUUCAAAACUCCUGCUUUCCACCGAAACACAGCGUUGUGAACUGUUUUCAGCGCUCUUAACGGCGGGGGGACAAAGUCUUACAGCUUCAGUCAGAACAACAAAGUGAGCAGAGUUACUGGGUGAAAGGUGACGUCGCGGCAGAAUAUUUGACUCAUAGAAUGCACAAUGCAGCGAGUGUGUCAGCCUCUCUGGGUUCUUUGGGACUGCUGCGUCUGGUUGGGGUGUCCUGGUCCUGGAGCCUGGCAGCAGGCCUAGGAGUAUAUCUGGGCACCAAAAGCUGGAAAUACUUCUACAUUGCAGCACGUACUGCAAAGAGAGACAUCAAUGGCCUCUAUGUGCUGCUGAGGGUGAAGCUGGCUUUGUGGCGCUACAUGCGCAAUGGAAGCAGUAUUCUUUCCAUCUUCGCCCAGACCGUGAAACACCACCCAAAUAAACCGGCACUGAUCUAUGAAGCCACAGGGGAAACAUGGACCUUCACCCAGCUGGAUGAAAUCUCUAAUGCUGUAGCUCAUUGGGCAAGAGGUCAAGGAUGGGUCUCUGGGGAUGUGGUGGCCCUCUUUUUGGAAAGCAGGCCGUUACAUGUGGCGUUGUGGCUUGGCUUGGCAAAAAUUGGGGUAGAAGCUGCUCUUAUUAACUUCAGCCUCCGCUGUGAUCCUCUACUGCACUGCAUUGGGGUAUCAGGGUCACGGGCCAUAGUGUUCGGAGCCGAGCUGGCUGAUGCCAUGAUGGAGAUCAACUCAUCCAUCAGCCAGUCCAUGGUGCGCUUUUGUACAGGGGACCUCAGCGCAGAACGUCUGACAGCUCUGAAUGCUCAACCUCUGGACCCAGUUUUAGCCACUGCAUCAAGACACCCGCCUUCACCUUGUGUUCCCUCAAAAGGCAUGAAUGACCGCCUGUUUUAUAUUUACACUUCUGGAACCACAGGACUUCCCAAAGCUGCCAUUGUGGUCCACAGUCGCUACUACAGAAUAGCUGCCUUUGGGUAUUUUGCCUUUCGCAUGCAUCCUGAUGAUGUCAUCUAUGACUGCCUGCCCCUGUAUCACUCUGCAGGUAACAUCAUCGGAAUUGGUCAGUGUCUUAUCCAUGGUCUCACUGUGGUAGUGAAAAGAAAAUUCUCUGCCAGUCGCUUCUGGGAAGAUUGCAUUAAGUACAACUGCACUGUGGUUCAGUAUAUUGGGGAAAUCUGUCGCUACCUUCUGUCACAGCCGGUCCGGCCAUCCGAGAAGGGCCACAGAGUUCGCCUGGCGGUGGGGAAUGGUCUGCGCCCCAGUGUGUGGGAAGCCUUCACAGAGCGAUUUGGGGUGGGGCAGAUCGGGGAGUUUUAUGGAGCAACUGAGUGCAACUGCAGCAUUGCCAACAUGGAUGGCAAGGUGGGAGCCUGUGGAUUUAACAGUCGCAUUCUGCCCUAUGUGUACCCCAUCCGGCUGGUGAAGGUUAAUGAGAAAACCAUGGAGCUAAUUCGGGACAGCCGUGGUCUCUGUGUUCCUUGCAGCCCUGGGGAACCAGGGCUUCUGGUAGGUAGUAUAAACCAGAAAGACCCAUUACGGCGCUUUGACGGCUAUGCCAACCAAGAUGCUACAAAGAAGAAGAUUGUUCAAAAUGUCUUCAGGAAAAAUGAUUCUGCAUAUUUAUCAGGAGACGUACUGGUGAUGGAUGAACUGGGCUACAUGUAUUUCCGUGACCGGAGUGGGGACACCUUCCGCUGGCGAGGAGAAAACGUCUCCACCACUGAGGUGGAGGGCAUACUCAGCAAUGUUCUGGAUCAAACCGAUGUGGCUGUGUACGGCGUAGCAGUGCCAGGUGUGGAAGGUAAAGCAGGCAUGGCUGCCAUCGCAGAUGCUACAGGGAAGUUUGACUGCGAUAGUUUCUUGCAGAAGAUUCAGCGAUCACUUCCUACUUAUGCCCGCCCAGUGUUCCUGCGAAUCUCCCCACAGGUAGACACCACAGGUACAUUUAAAAUCCAAAAGACCAGACUCCAGAGGGAGGGAUUCGACCCACGGCUGACAACUGACCAGAUCUACUUUUUGAACGCUCGAGCUGCCCGUUACGUUCCAGUGGACGAGGAGCUUUACAACUCCAUAGUGGAGGGAAGAAUGUCUCUAUGACGUGGGUGGCCAUAGCAGUGCUGUCCAAGUGCCUCAGUCAGACAGGUUUAUCAGGCGCCAGAGGGAAACACAUUGAGAAGUGCAUGCAGCAGUGUCUGGAUCAUUCAGUUUUGGUGCAACACAGUUUUGGCUGUUCAGUUUUCAGGAAAUGGUGUUAAGAGGACUAUUUACAUCCAGUACUGUUACACAUGAGUUUAAACACUGUAUAAGUAACACACUAUGACAUAAUGUGGUGGUAUUUGUUCUUUAACAGAUCCUUUUUAAUCACAAAAUGAACAUUUCAAAUCGCUUUUGAGGAGCGUCGUACAUAGAAUAGAUUUCAUUCUCAGCUAAUUUGAAGGACAUGUUACAUUAAUGGUGUUAGAAUAUAACUUGUAGUAUUAAGUGAAACUUUGUUAUAGAGUAUUUACCCAUCUAGGAAAUCCUAAAUGCUGCUAGGUUUUACUGUGUAGGUUUACCUAUGUUACUCUGGCUUGUUUUAAUGAGGUUGAAAAACCUGAUUUUAACAGGCAGUAUGAAUGCCUACAAGUUCAAAACCGUACUAACCUCAACAUAACCAUAACAUCUAUUGUGAUUUUUUUUUAAUGCAAUGAAUUACUAAACCUGCUUGUCAGAUGUGAACAACACUGUUGAACCACAGCACAGAAUUUUUAUUAUAGAAUGUGCCUUUUAUUAAACAUUAGAUCUAUUUCACAUUUUAUGCUUUUAACGAAAAGGAUUUAAAAUAAAUUGUCAGCAGAGAAGCUAAGUUGCACAUUUUGACUGUUUUUAUGUAACAAAUCUGGGUGAUUUUGCAUAAGUGUUGAGGUUUGUGAGGUGCAACCUCAAAUUCUUUGUUUUGCUGUAACGCUAAUAAACUAUUUCAAAGUGUUUGCUUCAUUCAA